GUGUGUGUGUGUGUGUGUGUGUGUGUGUGUGUGUGUGUGUGUGUGUGUGUGAGCGGGAAAACACUUUUUGAGUGUUCAUGUUAGAGUUAAAGCGUCGCGCGGAAACUUUAAUACGCUUUAAAGCUCUGCGCUCUUUCUCUCGGUGCGUCUGAAGGGAACCGAACUCCACAUGGAUUUGUUGUGAAAGUGUCCCGGGUCCAGAAGAUGGCGGAUAAAGGCUCACUUCUGACAUCAGUCAUUAUUUUUUACCUGUCUAUUGGAGCGACUGUGUUUCAUCUGCUGGAGGAACCGAACUGGAGAAACGCGGUCCAGAAAUACCAAGAAGAUAAAGAGCAGAUCCUCAGAACACACCCGUGUCUCACUAAAGAGCAGCUAGACACCAUCAUAGAGAUGGUGGCCAAAGCAGCAGGUCAGGGUGUCACUAUCACUGGAGAGAAACCUUACAACCCGUGGAUAUGGCAGAAUGCCGUCAUCUUUGCUGCCACUAUCAUCACCACCAUUGGUUACGGGCAGGUUGCUCCGAAGACAACAGGAGGGCGUGGCUUCUGCAUCAUAUUUGGCUUAUGUGGAAUUCCACUGUGUCUCACAUGGAUCAGUGAACUUGGAACAUUUUUUGGUAGCAGAACCAAACGUCUGAGCCAGGCUCUACUGCACAGACGAUUCAGUGUGAAAAAGGUACAGUUUAUCUGCACUACAUUGUUCCUGUUGUGGGGUUUACUCUUCCACCUGAUCAUCCCUCCGCUCAUCUUCAUGUGUAUGGAGAAUUGGACGUAUCUGGAGGGGCUUUACUUCUGCUUCAUCACCCUCACCACUGUGGGCUUUGGAGACUAUGUAGCAGGUGUAAACACUGGGCUGGAAUACAAGGCUCCAUACCGCUUCUGUGUGGAGUUAUGGAUCUACAUGGGCCUGGCAUGGCUUUCUCUGUUCUUCAGCUGGAAUGUCAACAUGGUGGUGGAGGCCCACAAAGUCCUGAAGAAACGCAGACAGAUGCACAGGCACAAGCUUUCUCCUGAUCAGCUGGAGCAGAUGCACAAAGCAUCAUUGCCUCAUGCACCCAGUAUUGUGGACAUCUUCAAGUUCAUGUCAGAGAAAGGUAAGGACUACAGCGAUGUGAUCCGAGCCAUUGGCACGGCGGAGAAGAAGAAAAAGCAGCAGGAGGAUGAGCUCACACGUUCCAAGAGCUGCAGUGACCUCCUUAAACAAAUGGUGGUGCCGAUGGAACAUUCACCACGACAGAAACGAAGAUUCAGCAUCGGAGACAAUGUUUACAUGGUCAUCUCCAGAGCCAGAGGUUCCACUGGUGAUCUGGAGGAGAGCACACCCCUUCAGGAGGAACCGAGCCAAGCUCUGGCCCAGGGCAAGAAGUGUUCAGAAAAGGAACUUGUAAAAAGAUCAGGAAGUUUAGUAUUAGAGCCAAGAAAUGUCUUCCAGAGAUCUGUACAGAUUCCCAGCUUCAGGUUUAGCUUCGACAAUGAUGCCUCAGGAACCCAGGAAGGAACCUUGAGGUUCUCUGUGACCAGAGUGAAUGAGGAUUUAUUAGAGAAAGGAGAAGGACCAGGUUGAUGAGCACAGAUCCUCUUCAGGAUCCUUCACUGCUUAUAGGACACAGUUAGGUAAAUUCAUUGAGAAGGUUUAUUUAAGUGGAGAACCUGACAAGAACCCGGUGUUAUUAGUUAGGAGAUGAUUGUUGUAUAACUGCUGUAAGCAUGUAUGAAUGACAAACUGUAAAUAAAUACAUUUUUCUAUGUGCUUUAAAA